AUGUCCUCCUCAGCCGAAAUGAAAGCGGAAAAUCAAUAUUCAGAAAUAUCGGGAUCCUCAACAAUAUCUCUACAAAAGCGGGCAUCAUUUAGUUUCAAACUACGUAGAUCUUCUGAACAAUCACCAGCAAGGAUCAAAGUCGACAGCAAUCGUAUAUCUCCAGAUUUGACGGCAAUGGUGGUAAAUCAAUUUCAAUCACUUGGAAAUAUAAAAUGUUCACGAAUCAAAUGUAAGCUAUGUGGAUUUGUAACCGAAAUUCCCGUGGGCGGUUUACGUCAAUUGCCGCGUAAUCUGCUGGUGGUGCGUAAAAUUGAAGAUCAUCGAAAUAAAAUUGCCAGUGAAAAUUAUGCGUUAUGUAGUCUGUGCUAUGAGGAGACGAGGGCCAAUCAUUUUUGUGAAUUGUGUAAUUUGAAUUUAUGCCUCCUCUGUAAGGAGUCGCAUGAGCGACAAAAGACUACCGCCAACCACAGCCUUCGAACAAUUACGAUUGACACGAAAUCCUCUACCAUCUCCCCAAAGGAUAAUCCACGAUUUAAUCGAUUAUCACAAAAUUGUACGCUUCAUCCGGGGUUCGAAUUAAAAUCAUUUUGUCAUAAUUGUCUACAGUUGGCAUGCAGCGAUUGUUUAGUUCUACAACAUAAAGGUCAUCGUAUCGAUGGUAUUGAAAAAGCGGCAAAAUUUUAUUCCAGUAUUUUACGUGACUCUGCUGAACAGAUACGAUUGAUAUGUAAAAGUUCGGAACAUUCUUUGGAGAAAUUGAAUGCUUCAAUGCUAAGCAUUAAUCGGAAAUGUGAUGAAUUGCAGGCGGAAAUUGAAGAUUUUAUGCGUCGCUAUCAGGAAGCCGUUGAAGUGCAUCGCAGCAAUUUAAUCCAACAAAUUCGUACGACGAGGGAAACGAAGCUCGGAUUGAUUGGAGAACAACAAAUGGAAUUAGAAAAACGUACCCAAGAGGGUCAAAUGGCCGUUGGGUUUAGUCAAGAAUUGGCAGAAGUUGCAACUGAUGUUGAAAUUUUAUCUUUUAUAAAAAUCCUAUUAAAACGUUUUGAAUAUUGUCAACAAUUUAAGGCAUCAAUUGAUCCAAAAAUAAUCAACAUACCAAAUUUUAUGCCAAAAAUACAAGCACCAAUUGUCAAAGAUACCAAUGAUAUACCUGUGUUUGGAGUUUUAUCUAUGCAAACCGUGGAACCUUCAUCAUGUACCCUACAAUGGGAUGGAUUUUCUCAAUUGCGUAUUAAUAAAAAAGUGGAAUUAACAUUAAUAUCUCGCGAUGCGGAGGGUCAGCCAAUGAGCCAUGGCGGACUUAAGAUUCAAACUCAUGUUAAAUACAAGGAUCUUAAUUCCAAGUGUCUGAGAAUGGAGGUCACUGAUAAUUGUGAUGGCACCUAUGGUAUUGCCUUUACCCCAGAUGCGGAAGGCACGAUCAUCCUCAUGAUUACCAUAAAUGAAAAGCAUAUUAAGGGUAGCCCCUUCAGUUUCUUGGCUCGCCCGGUUAGGCCGCAUACCGGCAUCUAUCAUUGCUGUACAUUUUGUUCGAGUAAAGGCAAUAAAUUUGCAACAUGUUCGUGCCAGGGCAGUAUGCCGGGAUAUAAUGGUUGUGGCCACGGCCAUACUGGGCAUCCCGGACGUCGUCAUUGGUCAUGUUGCGGAGAGAUUUCGAGAAAUUCUGAAUGUCAUUUUGCCAAUAGGUCGUUGAAUCCAAAGUAA